GCACUGCCAUAUCUAACUUGUGAAAUCAAAAAUCGGUUCCGUUCGGUGCUUGAACUUUUGAGAUAUUCUAGAAACACAUCCACAAUGGAGAACUUUAAGGGUCUACAAAAAUCCCUGUACAUAUGGACGGACAGCGCCGACUUGGACAAGCGAGUGGAGCAACUAAAGGCUGCCACCGGCGGCGAUGUGGCUUUGGAAAAUGUGCACCGUCUUUCGUUUUCUUCCUAUGCCAACUCCAGUUUCGACCUGAUUGUGAUCGAGUGCGCCCAGCUGACCGACAGUUACGUAAAACUGCUGCACAUGCUAAAACCCAGUGGCAAACUGCAUUUGGUGUCCUUCAUCGGUCCGGCGGCUAGUUUGCUGCAGGAGAUCAAGUUAUCCGGAUUCAUAAACUGUCGCGAAGACUCUCCAGAUGCUUUAACCGCCGAGAAGCCGGGCUACGAGACAGGAUCCUCAGCCAGGCUGUCCUUCGCAAAAAAGAACGCCAAUGCAGUCAAUGUGUGGAAGAUAAGCGGUGACGAUGAGGAACUAAUAGAUGAGGAGGAGCUGCUGGACGAGGAAGACAAACAGAAGCCGGAUCCGGCUGGUCUGCGUGUCUGUAGCACCACGGGCAAGCGCAAGGCGUGCAAAAACUGCUCCUGCGGCUUGGCCGAGGAAUUGGAGACUGAAAAACAGAGCCAGAAGGCCACCGAGAAUGCUAAGUCCAGCUGUGGAAAUUGUUAUCUGGGCGACGCCUUCCGCUGCUCCACUUGCCCCUAUUUGGGCAUGCCCGCCUUUAAGCCCGGCGAGAAGGUGCAACUGGCCGACAACCUCCUGAAAUCCGACAUUUAACUUACGCUCACCAUGGUACACCCAAUCAAUCACAUUUCAAAUAGUUUAUUAAGCUGACUUACUAACAAACAAUAAUGUCAUAAUGUAAAUACAAAAAUGCACCGCGUCAUAAA